AGAACGCGGUCAGCCUCGCCCCGGAGGCCGGCCGGCGAGCGCACCAAGCCGGCCGCGCCGGACCUACCUGUCACGGUCGCCGCUGAAUGUGGUCCAGCCGCACCGCCGCGACCCCGCUCUCCCAACUCCGGGCCCAGAACAGCACUGGUACGGGCCGGCGAGCCGGCCGGCCGGCCGGACCAGUAGCCUCGGGGAGCCGCCGCCGCGCCGACAGCGACAUCUAUACGGGAGUUUGGUGGGCUGCAGAGGGUGGUAGUUGAGGUGGUGGUGCCGGGUAGACGGCGCUCUCGAUCUGCUUUGUGUGCAGGAAACGUCCAGGGAACCGUCCCUGCUUCCGGUAUAUCGGAAGUAUCUCGGAAGCGACGCCUUGGAUUUCGGUGAUAAUCAAAGUCCUAAGAUGUUGGUUACGUCUUCCCAGCAGACCGGAGAUGCUUUCUGCAGUGGCGGGACUCUGCGGCACGCGGCGCGCCCUCGGCCACCGCCAGAGACCGACACGGGCUGGCAGUUUCACUUUUGGCUGGAGCGCUCCGCACGGUGGGCCUUCAGUACUGUCCGGACGGCCGACAGGAGAGCACGGACCGCUCCUCAGCACCCAGUGACGUCAGAGAACGGUCACACAGACUCGCCGGUAGCCAGUGACGUCAGAGGCUCAGCAGCGGAUCGCUGCGACAUGUGCUUGUGAAGAAGCUGUGGAAUUCGACAACGGAGAGUCGGCUCAAACGAGUGAUAAAUCAUCGAACUAAGAAGAAGAUGAAGCCACUCUGUGCGACCAUUGCCAUUGUAGUGGCUCAUCUGUGCUGCAUCGUCACCGCCGACGCAGAUGCUCGGCAGCCCAAGGGAGUGAUCGGACAGUUGAACACGCUGAUUGUCGGCCCUGAUCACUUCGAACCGCACUACACAACCUCCGCCACGCCGGCGGUGACCCGGACUCGUCAAAAGGUCACCUCUGCGCCGCCGCCGACCACCGACCAGCCGAGUGUCGAAAGAAAAACAGAGUUCGCAACAAAGACCAUCUAUGGGUUCCUGGAUUUCAUCACCACUGUCGGCGACACAGUCAUGGUGUUUACACCCAACUCGAAGACGCAAGACUCAAAACGACAGUCGAGCACCGUGUCACCCGGUCCGUCGGUGACCGCCCUCCACCGUCUGUCACCAUCCGCCGUCUCUGGGUCACCCCAGCUGACCUCUGCCGCCCCCGGUGACCCCGUCCCCAACACCCCUCGUCCGGUGACGACAGAAGCGCUGUUCGCCACUCCAGCUGCGCUCAGUCUGGAGAGCUCCUUCGAGAACUCGUUCGACAGCGCCUUCGGCAGUGUCCGUCCCGCCACUAACCGGUGGUCUGCGGUGCGGCGUCGUGGACCUCAGACACAGAGGCGAGCACCGCCGCCGUCCCGGGUACAGCCGACCCCCAAAACGGCGCCCACGCUCGAUCAAGGUCCUUUCCAGCCGAUGGCCCCGCACCCGACACUCGUUCCCAUUCUGAUCGAGGCCACCGCCACGCCUACCGUCCAGAUCCCACCCGAGACGAGAGUCUCGCUCAGACAUAACGUCGGUUACAGAGUGAAACAGCGGCCCAGCCGACGGCCCACGACCGCACCGUUCAGGCUGGAUUUCCAGUCACCGCCUACCCCACCACCAACCCCGGAGCCAGUGGAGACUCCUACCCCGGGUCGGCUGGUGCUCUCAUCGAUUGACGUUCGUCCCACCGGCCUGGUGACAACCUUCGGGGGCACAGAUGUCACUGGUAUCCUAACCACCGUCCAUACCACCAGCGUCAUCGGCACCUACAUCCGCGGGAGAUACGCCCAAGUCCUUCAGUCCAGCAGCACCAUCUUUUCAUCAAAAGCAGUUCAAAGAACCAUUCAGCCUUCCGCCAGACAGACUGCGCAUCUGAGCGCCACCGCAGCUGAAGGAGCUUCAUCCGCUCCACCGGCGCCGCUGGAGUCGGACAUCCUACCUCUGGAGAAACUCUUCGGAGGUCUGGACGGUGACGAGGGAGGCGGAGCUGAGAGUGUGUUCGCCGACCUGGUGGCGGCGGGUUCGCGUCCUUCCAGAGAGGUGGUGGUGGCUCCGUCCCGGCCGUCUCGGUUCACUCUGAGGAGGAGAGGGUCGCCGUCACGACUGCCAACCUCCAGUUCCAGUUCCAUUCGUCGGAGGCAGAAGAAGGAGGAGGAGAAGGAGGAAGAGACGACCACCCUGCCGCCCAGACGGUCCUACUCCAGCGGAAGGAUCAGGAAUAGGAGCCGCGGCCCGUCGGCGUCCGAGCGACGCAAGCAGCAGCUGCUAGAGAAGCGUCGUCAGAAGCUCUCCGAGGAGGAGCCCACUCCGACCGCCGCCUCCCUGCUGCAGCGGCCUCGCCAGAAGAAGGCCGAGCCGAUCCCCCGACAGUCGUUCGGCUCCAGGACUUCGCAGCGACCCGAGCGAGCCCGCGGGAGUCAGAGGUACACCAGCAGCCGCGACUCGCAGCCCCAGUACUCAGAGAGACUGAGCUACCCGCAGGCGGCCGGCAGCAUCGUCCGGCCUCAGUACGCAGACAGGGAGAGUACGACAUCGUACGAGGACCUCCGGGCGCAGUAUUAUGAUACUCGAGACCAGUAUAAGGAUACUGUCAGCCAGCGGUAUGAAAGCACCAGGCGACCACAGCAGCAGGAGUACCAGGAUACCAGACAACAGUACCAGGACCCGAGGCAGCAGUACCAGGACUCGAGGCAGCAGUACCAGGACCCCAGACAGCAGUAUCAGGACAUCAGACAGCAGUACCAGGAGCCGAUCACCAGGAGGCCGCUGCAGUCCUCCCGUCUGCGUGUGACCCAUCCUCCGCUGACACAGCCCACUCCCCGCCCCAGGACCCGGCUCACCCGUCCAACCCGUCCACCGACCACCGAGCCUCCCACCCCUCCUCCCACCCAGCCCACUCCUCAGUACGUGGACGAGCUCUACGGUCCCGCAGACUACUACUAUGACUACGUGGACUACGACGCCGUCCCCACCACGGAGGAGACCGUCGCGCCAACCACAGUCUCAGGAAACAGUAACGGAGACGAGACUCAGAUCCUCGCGGUCAGCACUUUCAGGCCAGAGGGAGCCACUGACUUCUAUCAAGAGAUUACGACGUUGAAGACGUUGAGGCACAUCUCGCUAGGUCGCUACACCAACAGCCAGUGGAUCACGAAGACGCAGACGCGGACGGUGGAGGUAGAGCCGACCAUCGCGCCCUCCCCAUCUCAGGUCAUACCUCCUUCUUCGACCCUAACGCCAUCUGUGCUUCUCGUCGCCACCACCACCACGACUCCGAGACCCGAGAUCGAGAACCUCCUCGGUUCCCCAAGCGAAGCACCUGCCGUCAUGCUUCCUCCGGUACACCUGGACCCGAGCUCUCCCAGCCUUCCACUUCACACCAUGACUGAGACGUACAGCACCACACAGCUGGUGCUGAAGUCGUCAGUGAUCCCGCUGGUGAUCGCAGACAACACGAGAUCUUUCACCAUCACCCAGACCUACCAUGUGACGCGUGUCGUCACCGCGCUCAAGACCAUGCCACCUGUGGAGCUGUUCGACGAGCGUUCGGCACUGUCGGAUGCGCAGUUGGAGGGUUCGCAUUCUACCAACCAUCUGGAUAUCGAUGGAUUCCCCGAGGCGGAUAGUCUGGAAAGCAUUGGAGGAAGGUUUGAUCCGGACCUUCUCGAGAAGAGCACGCAUCCGGAGAUGCUGGCGCUGCAUGGCAGUCAGGACAAACCAGCGACAGAGGAGGCGAAGCCUGCGACUCAGGCGACUGCUGAGGCGACGCCAGUGGCGACCCCGUCAGGAAACCCGGUGAUAGCGCCCGCUCCAGUAGCCACCCCAGCUCUGCCAGCUCUUGGCAGCAGCUCGUCUCCCCUAGACCAGAUGGGGCAGCUCGGUCAGCUGGCGCAGCUCAGCCAGCUGGCCCAGCUGGGUCAGACAAACCAGCUGGGCGGGUUGGGGCAGCUGUCCCCGCAGCAGCUGCUGUACCUGCAGCUGCUCAGCCCGUACCUCGCACAGCUGAACCCGGCGGCGGCAGCAGCGCAGGCGGCGACAGGACCACGUACGGUCGUCUCUUCUUCACCAGUGUUUGUCACCACGACUGUCACCAACACCAACCGGCGGCCGGUGGUGGUGACGUUCCGCGCGACACCAUCCACCGCUUACAUCACCAGCACCACAGUGGUGUCGACGGUGCUGACGUCGUAUGUCACCAGUACUAUGACCAUGGCGCCGGCACAGCCCUCCUUCUUCGGGUAGGAGCGCCGGUUUAGCGCGAAGUGCUGCUAAAGACUACGCCACUAUGACGUGCCGUUUGCCGACUCGUCUGUUUCCAAAGUAAAAACUCAAGCUGGAUGACUUGAUGAUGCGAGGUGCGCGUAAGAAGUGCGUAUUUAGUGCUUGCUGCGCCCUCGUGAACAUUUAAGCAUCGGUAAACCGAUGUUCGGGUGCAUGGAAUGACAUUUACGAGCUCAGAUGUGUUCAUAGACAGUUUGCAUCAGCUCGGAGAUGCUCAAGAGCAAACCGGAAGCGCUCCAACAGACAUCGGGUCAAGAGUGCUCUGACGGAGACACAGUCUGCUUGGAACCUUUUCAAUCAGCCUGGUGGGGAAUCCAUAGCGGGAAAUGACCUUCAGAGCAGGGAUUCAAACGAUCGUUGCGUUCAAGUUUGUCAGGCUUGCUUGUUGUCCCAAGCAAAGGGACACCGAAGUGACAAACGAGCACAUCUAACGUGAAAUGUGACAGUAUCGCGGAUUCGCGAGAGCCCUCUGUGUCUCUACAAAUAAGGCGUUUGGUGACGCGACGGAAACAAUUCUUCACUCUGAGCAUUCUUGCCGUGUUCGAUGCGGCUCCGUGAGCCUACGUGGACUCUUGAGUGGGGAUUGUGUAUUAUGAGGUGAAAAGGAAAUGUUGCUCACAUGCAGUGAGUGUACUGUUACCAUCUCAAGUCGUCUUAUAUGGUGCGUACUGCGUAGUUCACCUGUUACGACUACAACAAAUAUGUAAGUUAGUCUUAUGAAUGAGACGUUGAUCGUAUUGUAUUAGUUUCGUUGUAAAUGCAUGGGAGAUCUGAAUGAUGAUAGACCAUUGUCUUAGGAACCAAGCAGGAUUUUUCAGCUUUCCUGUGUAAUUUGUGCAGGCUUAUUUCAGUAGACGUUGAAGCUAUGGACGUUGAUAGGAAGAUCUUGGUAGCGAGGCACAGUUUUAAAGGGAAACAUUACAAUGUUAGUUCCUCUACGUGUCUCUUUCGCUGUUUUGUAUCUUGUGAUAUGCCAUUGAUGUAGUGAAAAUAUAAGACGGUGACAAUCAAA